CAACAGUAGGUCUGGCGAGCAGCACAGUUGCCCUGCCUGCUAGAGUCGGUGAAUACAAUCUGCUGGGGCGGGCAAUCCCGUCUUAUCUUUGUCUAGCCGUUUUGUAACGUAUCUCUCAAAUAUUUGUCUUUCUUGGACUCUAAGGAUUUCUAUCAAGGGAUGUCAAAGCGAGUACGAAGCAGAGAGGUCUGCGCUGAUUGCAGUGCUCCGGAGCCACGCUGGGCCUCUGUUAACAGGGGUGUGUUGAUCUGCGAUGAAUGCUGCAGCAUCCAUCGAGGUCUGGGGCGUCACAGCUCUCAAGUCCGACAUCUGACUCAUUCUUCAUGGCCACCAUCCCAGUUACAGAUGGUGCAGACACUGUAUGGCAAUGGAGCUAAUUCCAUAUGGGAGCAUAGCCUUCUGGACCCUUCCUCUUCAGUGAGUGGGAAGCGCAAAGCCAACCCCCAGGACAGAGUUCAUCCCAACAAGACAGAGUUCAUCAAGGCCAAAUACCAGAUGUUGGUGUACGUCCAUCGGAUGCCUUGUAGGGAGGAUGACAGUGUAACCGCAAAAGACCUCAGCAAGCAACUCCACUCCAGUGUUCGGACUGGAAACCUUGAGACCUGCCUCAGACUCUUAUCCCUGGGAGCACAGGCCAACUUCUUCCAUCCAGAGAAAGGAAACACUCCACUACACAUAGCAGCCAAAGCAGGACAAAUGUUACAAGCAGAACUAUUGGCAGUUUAUGGAGCUGAUCCUGGGGCUCUGGACUCCAGUGGAAAGACCCCCAUCGAUUAUGCAAGACAAGCUGGGCAUCAGGAGCUGGCAGAGAGGCUAGUGGAGAUUCAGUAUGAACUUACUGACCGGUUAACAUUUUACCUUUGUGGAAGACGACCAGAUCACAGAAACGGGCAACACUUCAUCAUUCCUCAGAUGGCAGACAGCAGCCUGGAUUUGUCAGAGUUUGCAAAAGCUGCAAAGAAAAAGCUCCAGUCGCUAAGUAACCAUCAGUUUGAAGAACUUGCCAUGGAUGUGUAUGAUGAAGUGGAUAGAAGAGAAACAGAUGCAGUGUGGUUGGCCACUCAGAACCACAGCACACUUGUAACAGACACCACAGUUGUGCCUUUUCUGCCGGUCAAUCCAGAGUACUCAUCAACCAGAAACCAGGGUCGUCAAAAGUUGGCAAGGUUUAGUGCUCAUGAAUUCGCCACCCUGGUUAUUGAUAUUCUAACUGAUGCUAAACGACGGCAGUGGGGUAAUUCCUGUGACAGUCCCAAAGAGAGUGUGGAGCUGAUCCUUCAGGGAAUAGGCAGUCGCCAUAACAGUGAGAGCCAGGACAAUGACCAGCCCGAUUAUGACAGUGUGGCAUCAGAUGAAGAUCCAGUGCAAGAGGCCACCUGUGGGGACAGCUGCAAUGAUGGAAGAACCAAGAGCUCUGAAUCAUCUGACCUCUCUGACGGACCAAUCACAGUGCAGGAAUUUAUGGAGGUGAAGACUGCCCUCACUGCAUCAGAAGCCAAAAUACAACAGCUUCUUAAAGUCAACUGUCACCUCAGUGACGAACUCCGGAGCAUGCAGAGCAAGCUGAACUCCCUGCAGACAGAAAACACAACACUGCGAUGGCAAGCCCCCAGCGGACAACAGCACCUCCAGGGGCCCUUAGGACGACACCCACCCCGUGGAGGUCGCGCCAUGUCCAUGUAUGAAACGGGCUCUUCUCCCAGGCAGUACCCCCACCGAGUUGAAGCAGCUCGGCAUGAGGACGGAGUCAUUUUACAACCGUUCCCAACCAAUAUUGGGAGGGGUCCUUUGGGGACGGCUGCUUCCUCCCUCCCUACCUUCCCCUCUUCCCUGUCCUGGUCGUGGGAUGAGCGAUCUCGAAGGGGCUGCAGUCUGGAAGGACAGAGUAUGAUGCUGGAGAAUGAUUACGACACUACGCCCAACCACUCUGAACUGGAGGAGACAGGCAGCCCUCCUUCAGCCUCUGAAGCAGUGGAGCCAGGAGAGGAGGUUGAGGAAGAUGCCACCCUGCCAUGCACUGAGGACGUCAUCUGUAAGACGGAGCAGAUCACUAAAAACAUACAGGAGCUCCUGAGAGCUGCCCAAGAGACCAAACACGAAAGCUUCCUGCCUUGUUCGGAAAAGAUCUGCAUGGCUGUAACAGAGAUGGCCGCCCUGUUUCCCAAGAGGCCGUCCUCAGAGACCGUGCGAGGCUCUCUGUGUCUGCUUACUUCGAGUGCCAGCCGGCUCCACGGAGAGUGCCAGAAGGCCACAGAGCACAACCCCUGCCCAUCAGACAUCCAGCUUGUCACUCAGCAGGUCAUCCAGUGCGCCUAUGACAUUGCCAAAGCUGCCAAGCAACUUGUCACUGUGACAACCAAAGAAAACAACAACUAACUAAAACCCAAAGACAUUCCUGAUAUACCCAAAAUAGUUUAUCAAUAAUGUGCUAAUUUAAACUUACUCAGUGUUAACAGCAUUUUUUUUUUGCUUUCCCAUUUUAAUCAGCGAAAACAUUCAGAUACAUUCCUUUAAAAAAAGAUGCACCAUGCAAAAUUAUGGAUCAAUCAAAUAUAUUAAUUUAUUUUGUUUCGUAUCAUGUUAAUGCAGAGUAAACAAACAUCUUUAAAGCUGUAGGACAGAAAUGUUACUAUUCCCUAACUUACACAUAGAUCAAAAAGUGCAAUGUUGUGUGUGUGUAUAUAUAUAUAAAACAAUUAGAACAACAAGCAGUAGAUCCUUCUACAUUGUACUUGUCUCAACACAGGUCAUCAUUAGUGCUCCUUGAGGUCAGGUGUCUGGUAUGGCUAAGCUGCCACAGGGGACCAUAGGCUGUAUAUAAAUCAUGGAUCUGUUAUAACAAUUGGAUACCAGACUCAAAGAUGGCGCCUAUUAGACCUGUGCUGAUUGGUGAUCAGAUCAGAAAUCAACAAUUGAAGGGAUGAUCAACGAUUGUUUUUCUCACGAUGAUAGUAAGGUGUUUUUUAACUAAUAUACUAUCAAAAGAGAGGUGUUACAAAGUGAUCUCCAGAAUCUGCCGUCUACUGUGCAUUUAGAGAUGUUUGUGGUGGAGUAGCAUGUCUGCUUGCUGCGCCCCGUUAAUCAGCAGGAGUGAUGAGUGGAAUUUUUAAUCCUUAAUUGCAACCCAGUUUGCCAUCUGUGGCUGUGACAUGGACCAAACUAAAAGAAAUAAGAUGAUUUCUGUCAUUUUUGUUCGUUCUUUAUCACACGGAUGUUUAGUCAAGUGUUCAUUUUCCUGAUGAUUCUGUUUCAAUAAGGUAUUUGAUGCUAUAAAAACAGGGUGCAACACCAUGAUCGUCAGUUGUAAUUGAGUCACAGUUUAUCGUAUUGAGGUCCCGCCCAAUAACCCACCUAAUUAGACUGUGACUCAAUUACAGUUGACAAUCAUGGCUGCCUUGAAAUGAUAACACCAGCGGAAGAGAGGGAAAUACCCGUAUUCAGGAUAUUUUGGCUUGUACAGUAGGAGUAAGUUGAGACGCAUCAUCAAUUCUUUAUAGGCCGUCUAUGGGGGGAACAACAGUCUGCAGGACACCUGGCAUUAAGGAUCACAAUAGAUUCACCUUAAACCACAAUAGAGUCAUCACUUUAUUUCCCUUUAGCCGUUUUAAAUGUUUUUAAGAUGCAAUGACAGUAUUUUAAUCUUAAACCAUUGUGAUGCCACUUGCUUAGAGUUCAAAUGUUUGUUUAGUGAGCAAACUGUGAUUAUAAAAGUAGCUUCAGUGCAUUGAGCACCAUGUAAGGCCAGCAGUACCAAGAGUGUGCAAACCUUCAUUCCAUCCAUCCAGCAGCCCAAGCAGGUGUUCCAGUAAAGUAUCAGUAGUUUUUGGAGUUAUAAUGUUACAGCCAUACUUCUGAUGUGUGUGUGUGUGUGCGCGCGCUUGAGUGUGUGUGUGAGCGUGUGUGUGUGUGUGUGGGCAUCGUUGUCAGAGAGAUGGCCUUGGUGGCCCACGUGAAAUCCAUUUUGAAUUUUAAUAGCAUUAUGCAAAUAUAUAAGAUGUAUGUAUCCAUGUAAUUCUUUAUCAAAAUAACCCAAAUGCUACUCUAUUUAUAAACUCUAUGUCAUACCUCUAAGAAAAUACUAAUGUUUAUUUUCAUAAGCUUUUGUUUAACAUGAUGCUCCUCACAGACUAACGUUUGUUCUGAGGUUUGGGACGUCUCAGCUGGCAGUAAGUUAUGGGCUACUUGUGAUCUCUGUUUAUUUGGUGUGGUGCUGUAACCCCAGUGUGUUAGAUGCUUCCUGUGGUCACAUACUGUACGUACAGCUAUGGUUUACAAUCACUGAUAAAGUAAAUGUGCCCUCAAAGUUCAAGUACCUGUUGUAGAACUUGGGUCUAAUGUGUCACUUGUUGUGAGCCAGAUCAGUUUGAACCAGGGGUGGGAAGAAAACCAGGAUAACCUGCACAAAUGGCGUAGAGACAAUUCAAUAUCACUCAAGUAGAACUAAAAAAUCUUUCUCAGAAGGCUGCCUAAGGAGGUUCAAAGCAAACAUCAGCACAAGAUGUCAUUGAUAUGUAUCAAAAUGUCCUUAAUUCAUCUUCAUUAUAGAUUAUUACACCUUUAAAAUCUUCUGUUCAAUUGAAAAGUAUAUAAAUUACUAGCUCAAAGUGCGCUUUCUAGCUUGUUUUAGGACUUUUCAACUACAUUCCACUGUAUAACGGUUUGCAUUAGUUGAUUUUUUUUUUUUUAAUAUAUUUUUUGUUUCAUCUUCUUUUGUAGGGUGGUCAAAAGAGGGAACUAGUCAUGCAGAGAGUCUUGUGAUCAGCCACCAUUCACUCUCAUUUUCCUUUUCUCUGAUGUUCUUAAUGCAAUACUAUGUAACGUUUUAGUAACUACUAGGUAAUGUCUGUUAUACUUCAACAUAUUUGAAGCGUGCUAACAUUAGCCACCAUAAGCUAGUGGUCAGUAAAAGCACUCAGAUCUGUGACUUCUACCUGUUAAAGUAGAAAUAUUAUAGAAAUAUUAUUGUAAAAAAUACUGUUGUAAGUAAAAGUCCUGUAUUAAAACAUUUACAUUAGUAAAAGUACGGAAGUGUUAUAUACCACAAGUGAAAGUACUCAUGGAGAGUGGCCCAUUUCAUAAUAAUGUAUAUUAUAUUACUGGAUGAUAAUUAUUGAUUUAUUAAUAUAUGCAUCACUUUAAUGUUGCAGCUUGUAAAGGUGGAUCUAAUUUUAAAUACAGUAUGGGUAGUUAAGCUACUUAAAUACACACAUAACAAUCCAUCCGAAUGUAUUUUCUAUUAAAAAUAUAUAAAUCCGCAAAGUAUAAAGUGUAAUAAUUAGAUGGAAAUACUCAAUUCAGGUACCUCAGAAUUCCUCAGAAGUCCUCCAGCACAUUACUUGAGUAUAUAGUUACAUUGUUUACUUUAAGUUAACUUUUAAGAAAGAAGAACUUGUUAUUUCUUAUUUCAAAAAUUUACAUAUUAUGACUUUAAGUCCUUAUUUUUAUACCUAAUUCAGAAUUCUUUUUAUUGGCAAGUAAGUUUUUGCUUUGAUGUAUUGCUGCAUACCAUGAACAUAGUAAGAAUAAAAAAGGGAAUUCAUAAUAAAAGACAGUAUGACACAAAUCAAGAAAGAAACGUAAUACUUCAUCUGAAUGAAUAUUAAAAUGCUGUCCUGUUUUUAGAUGUGGUACUUUUGUGCAGAAUUAUACAAACUUGUCAAAUGUUUACAGUAUAAAAAGAAUAUUUACAAAGCUAUAUAGGCUAUUAUCUGCCAAAUAUGAUUUGAUUAAUUAACAUAAUAAUUUACUACAUUAAACAUUCUCCUAAAAAGGGAAGUAAAAAUACAGAUUAUAAUAUUAUGACCCAUUAAGUAAGUGAACUACUAAUAAAAGUGCGUGUAUUCAGUUAACUCUUCACCCCUGGUUUCAACCCUGACAUUGAAUUCCCUGUAACUUCUAGCCUACCGCUGCCUCUGUGGUUGAAAACAAUCCCUGCCUUAGGUUUAAUAAAGUAUAAUUCAUACCUCAA